ACGGGGCAUAAAAAGACUAAUAUGACUAACGGAUCCUGGAUGCGUGGUACCCUUAUUUGGAUCUACAGGAAUGUAGACUCUAGCAGUUCUGCAGCUCUCCCAGCCUUUUGCCUGACACUGGAACUGCUGCUCAGAAAGUAGAAUCCUGCUGCUCUGUGGUAGGAAGGAUAGAGAAAGAACAUGGCCUGCAUUUUGAAGAGAAAGUCUGCUGUUGCUGUGAGUUUCAUUGCAGCAUUCCUCUGUCUGAUCAUUGUUCGUCUCACAAAUGAAGUAACUUUCCCUUUGAUCCUGAACUGCUUUGGACAAACCAGUGCUAAAUGGAUACCAUUUUCUAAUGGCCAAAGGCAGCCUCUGAGAACUCAUUACGGAUACAUAAAUGUGAAAACACAAGAGCCUCUACAACUUGACUGUGACCUCUGUGCCAUUGUUUCAAAUUCGGGACAAAUGGCUGGCCAGAAGGUGGGAGCUGAGAUAGACAAGUCCUCCUGCAUAUGGAGGAUGAACAAUGCUCCCACAAAGGGCUAUGAGGAGGAUGUUGGGAAGAGGACAACUAUAAGAGUGGUGUCUCACACAAGCGUGCCUCUCCUACUCAAGAAUCCUGAGUACUUCUUCAAGGAAACCAACAACACUGUUUAUGUGAUCUGGGGACCUUUUCGAAACAUGAGGAAGGAUGGCAAUGGCAUUGUGUACAACAUGCUGAAGAAAACUGUCGACAGCUACCCAGCUGCCAAAAUCUAUGUGACAACAGAAAAGCGCAUGAGUUACUGUGAUGCGGUGUUCAAGAGGGAGACAGGGAAAGACCGAGUCCAGUCAGGUUCAUAUCUCAGUACAGGUUGGUUUACCUUAAUUUUGGCUAUGGAUGCCUGCUAUGGAAUUCACGUUUAUGGGAUGAUAAAUGACACCUACUGCAAGUCAGAUGGCUUUCAUAAAGUUCCCUACCACUAUUACGAGCCAGGAAGACAUGAGUGUGAGGAGUACCUCCUGCAUGAAAAUGCUCCAUAUGGAGGCCACAGGUUUAUCACAGAAAAGAAAGUAUUUGCUAAGUGGGCCAAGAAGCACACAAUAAUAUUUACGCACCCCAACUGGACAGUGUCUUGAUACUGGUUUUCUAAGCUCUCUCUUAACAGCAUAUUACAAAAAUGUCUCAGUUUACAAUAAUUUUGCUUAUAUCUGGCUGGCCUUUCUCAGCCUAGGUAACACUAAACUAAAAACUAGAAGACAAAAAGAGUGAUGGUUCAGCUUUUAAGCAAAAUUAAUACAUCUGUGGAAGGCAGACACAUUGUUUGUUAUUUCUUAGGGUUUAACUCUCAACAGUGCACUUUAUACUUUAACUGGAUUUUACUUCAAGGCAGUAACAGUUAAAGAUCGAUGAGAUUUCCUGUAUAUACAGGUGCACACAGAGAACUUGGUGGUCCUUUAAAACUUGUCCAUAACCUUAAUUAAUUAAAAUUUGUACUUGCAGCUCAUUUGCAGUACUGCAGUACUAGUUCCUUUUGUGAUAUUAGUAGAAAAUUUCCACAAAGGAAAUAUGAGGAAAAAUACAGACUGCCAAGGUCUAUGCGUGAAUAAAUUUUAAAAAACACCUGAAUACAUUGAUACAUGUGAACACUUGCAUGUAUGGUAAAAUUAGAGGUGAGCUAAACAUGGUUCUUGAACUGCACAUAACUCUCACAUGCAAAGGUAUUAUUUACUCAAGGAUCCUGAUUAAUUAAUAAUUUCUGAAAUGCACCCUGGUCAGGCUGCACUAUCUUGGAUCAUGUCUUUUGUAUUUUUUGACACUGUUGUCCCACAGUUUAGCUCCAGCAACAUGGCAUUUAGCAAAGGCUGUGAUUUGCAGCCCAUGACAAACCUUUGGCUGUAGUACCGAGUCUGCUGUCGGUACCCAAGCUGGUUAGUGUAAAGUUAUCUCAUAAAGAUCUACAUUUACUCCAGUUAUUCCUGGUGAGUUGCUCCAACACUCACAUGCCAGUCUUGUGACAGAAUUCCUCAUGUAGCCACAUAAUUUGUUUUAAAACUCCAGUGUCUCCAUCUUUAAAAGGAAAGAUAACAACUAUCUGCCUCACAGGGGAAUUCUGAGGAUUAAGUCCAUAAGGCAGUUUCUUGAUAAAGAGUGCUAUAGAGCAUUUAUUAUUAACACAGAAACAAUGGUACUUGUAAUUUAUUCUUGUGUGUUGCAUAUUUGAAGACAGUGACAGUGUGUCUGGAUCUGAUGGCGAAUUGCUCUAUGCAUCUGCUUUCCUACUGAGGAUAAUUUGUAGUACUGAGUUCUCUCAGCUUGCAUCGCCUCAGAUGGAGUUGAAAAAACUCACCAUCUUGCAGUAUUAUCUGCACACUGAGAGGCAGUUCAAGAAUUUUAUAAUAUACUCAUCUCUAGUUGAAAUAUGUAUUUCCAAGCUUACUCUCAUGGAAAGUUUUCAACUGGAGCAGAUUCAUUGCUAAUAUGACCAGAGUUCAACUACACAUGUGAGUUUUAUUUAAACUAUAUUUAAAUUAAUGCUUUAAGUUUAGAAUGCGUCCUGUGAAUAUUUUAACAUCUGGAAUGUCAGCUUCAACACUGUAAUAGCCAAUACUGUGAACACUUGAAAGAAUUAUAUGUGGAACAUGACACACAGGGUUUACUCACACUACUUAAACAUUAACCAACAGGAAACUUUGUAUGCUUUUGUAAUCAUGAAAAGGGGAAAGUAAACAUCUAUUUUUACAUGUAAGUAUUUGUAUACUGAGUCUUUCCUAUUGUAUAUUUGUAUAUAUAAAUCUAUAUUUUAUAUGUUCAUGGCACAUAUAUUCUCUCAUCAGCAGCUGCAACCCUUACGAUGGUGAGGAAACCUCUUCACCAGUGUUCCCUCCUCCUGAUCAUUGGUUUCUUGUUCCUGUUGGUAGGUGAUGCCAGGGUAUCAUCUCUCUUGCUCCUUCUAUUUUGUGCUGUAAGUGCAGCUUUCUGAUUUUAUUUUUAAUAUAGCUCAGCUUUCACUGCUUACUUUAGUGCUGUAAGUGUUCAUGCUGGUUGUCAGACAAAGGCUGGGACCAUGCUUAUGAUCCUGGAUAAACAACUAUAUUCAAAUCCGGGCUCUGGCCCUGACUUCUUGGAUUACUUGAUGUCUCAAUUCCUGUUUGGAAAAGGAGAACAACAAUAUUUUCCUACUCCUUGUCUUGACUUUCUUAUAAGCUCUUGAGACAGAUAUUCUCAUUUGCAAUGGAUUUGCAUAAUGCCUUGCAGAAGAGGUGCCCAGAGUAUCUGAAGACUACAGGCAGUGGUGUAAUAUAAAAAUAAUUUUAAAUGGCUGCUUCUUGUCCCUGGAGUUUAAAAUCAAUUGUAGGCUAGUAUAGCAUGGGAUGAAAUCAAGAGGGGGAAGGGUCGUGGAAGGAUGAAGAGUUGUAGUAACAAAAAACUGUGAGCUAGAUUUUUAUCCAUUUGCAUAUGCAUCGUUUCAACUUGGAUGGCUGGAUAGAUGGAAAACUAAUAAAAAAUUGUAAUGCAGGAUUUGAAAACACAGGACACGCAGAACUAGGGAGAAUGUUCCACACAUAUUGUAUAGGACAUCCUGGGAAAACCUACAGCUCCCAUGUGGGGAGAGCUGAAAAGAAGAACAUCAGUCAAAUUAAACUUGCAUUUAGAAGGUCUUUGGGUUAAUAGAAAGUUACUAUGAAAGUGCUGCACUUUGAAGUGCAGUUGGGCUGGACAGACUUACAUGAAAAUUGUCCCCACAAAGCAUAAUCUUUCUCCCUAACAAGCACAGCAUAAGGAUAUUGCCUAAGUUGUGUUCAUACGCAAGGCAGUUUUUAAAGCUUAGAAAGUUUUUAAGAUAAUUAAGACUUGCCAAAUUGCCAUAAAUCUGUUGUAAAAUGUGUGCUUCAUACUGAAGCUUUUUGUAGAGUUCUUGCAUGCUGUAUGAAACAGUAUCUCAUGCAAAGGCUAGUAAGAAAAAUACAGUCCUAAGAAUGGUUAAAUGUAUAGCAAAAUUGGGAAUAUCAUUAGAGUGCAGUUGUCACAGAGCAAAGUAAGUGUUGCUCUAUGCUUGAAUUUGCAAUAAGAGAAGAUUUGCUUUUAGAAACAUUGCAGCAGGCUUCAUUCAUACUAGAGUAAAUGAAUGUCAGAUCCCUUAUUUACUUGAACUUGCCUUAGCAUAAACGAAACACAUAUUUGCAUGGUUUUUAUUAUAUGAGUGAGGAACUGUGACCACUGUGUUAAAGAUGAUUCCACAAAUAUAUUAUUUAAUCAAAAUCUGUUAAAAAUCAGCACUGUGGUAUGGAAGAAAGAAUUUCAGUACUUGGCUGUGUAGUAAGAGACCUUGAUGAUUCAUCUUCUGAGAGCAGUUAAGGCAUCAGCUGAGAAUCAUUUCUUCCUUCUUGAAAAUAAAGCCUACUACAGUUUACCUGAAUGUAAUCAGAUCCUAAUUGCUUAUUCAUGCAAGCAGUCCUAUUUUAAUCAACUACUCGUGUAUAAAACAAGCAGGGAGUUUACCUGGGUUUUGAAAAUACAUCUUAAUGUUGUUACUAAUAGAGGAAUACUCACAAACAAUUUGACAUCUUUUUUUAACAUCAGUCAGCUAAAUAGUGACCAAAGGUUUUCUUUUAUAAUUUAGUUAGUUUUCUGAAAUAUACUUUUUGAGGAAAAAAGGAAGUAAUUUAUUGUUUGGCUUGCUGUAGCCUUGGUUUUAAUGAGUGCUUAAAUUUUAAUACACUUUAUGUCUUGUGUUACUUUACCUUCUGAUUAAAUUUAUUUUUGAGGAAAAAAGUUUUAAAUAGGAGCAGAAAUUUCAUAGGAAAAAAAAAAAAACAAACAACAAACUUUUUGAUUGCCUAAUUACUAAUUCACAAGCAAUUAACUGAAUAACACAAAAAAGUGUUUUUUGCUUUUCCAGACAGACACAGCAGACAUAAUUCCAACCUUUUAACCUCCAUUGGAUGUCAAGAUAACAUCCUUCUGCUUAUACCAAAGCCUUUUCACAGAAAGAAAAAAGUAGUCUAUGUAUCCAGCCAGUCCCUUUCCAUCUGGGCUGGGAGACUCCAUCUGCAGACUGCUUGUAUUAGUUACAUCAGUAAGCAGGAAGGACUGAGGAAGAGUUCUACUUAGGAGCAGAUGGUGUUCCAGCUUCUGAAAAAUGCCUCUACAGUGCUUUAGGAGAGGAGUAUCCAUUGAUGUCUCCUGGAAAUGCUUUUGCAAAGUAUUCCAUUUCUUCAAAUGCCUUUAGCUCCUGUGUGGAACUAUUGUCCUAUCCUCUCAAGUAGGAAUUGCCAGCAAUGGGAAAACAUGCCCUUUACAGGAAAAAGUAGAUGCAAAAUCUGUGUUGUUAAAGAUUUCUAUAUAAACAAUACCAGGGAUAAAGAAGUCAGCCUGACACAAAUUACCUGAAGAUUCUGAUUCAGGAAUCUCUGAGGACUCAAUUCAAAACUAAUGUAAAUCACUUUUGCAAGUUCAUAACUACAGCACCCAUGCCAGUAAAAUCUUUGCACUCCUGGGUACUAAGGUAAGCAAUGUUUUGUCUGACAAAUACCAUGUGCACAUAAUGCAUUGUAUAGCUAAUGGAGAGGAGCCCAUCCAACACUUGGAGAGCUGAUGCAGAUUGUCUUUAUCCACCUGCUCAUGAACUGGACAGAGUAGAACUGCACAGAAAGAUUGCUGGAGGACAUUUCCAGGUAAGUAAAAAUUAAGCAAUCACUUGUUAAUUAUAAUGGGAUGGUGCCCUUAGAAAAUCAGAAGCACUUUACAUACUGAUGCUUGUCGUUUUCUGGUGCUUUUUUCUCCAUGUAUCUCAGAAAUAGCACAUCUUUAGUUGAACUCGAGCAAGUGUGGGUUUUGUUGAUGAUGAAUCUUAGGGUACCCACAACUCUGUGUUAGUGCCAAAGGAUCACACAGGAGCUGUUCGUGGGCAUUGUGAUGUACUGUGUACAUCAGAGAGUCAUGUAUUUCCUUAAGAAAAGGCCUGUUUUUCCUGACUAGGCAUAGUUCUUUUGAGGAGAAAGUGUUUCAUUUUCAGCAGAUGUGACUCAUUCUGUUUCUUCUUUCCUGAGAGGGUGCAGAGGAAUGUGAAUUGAUCAUGCAGGUCUGAAGAAUGAUAUAGUAAAUAGCUAACCACUAGAUUCAUAUAUAUUUUCUGGCUAUUGCUGUGAUGUGUAGCUAAUGACAGAGAAAAGCAAGCUUUUUUUAAACCUUGUAUUACAUAAGCUACAAAAGUCUCGUGUGGCUGUUCUGGAUUGGAGUCCCCUAGGCCAAUGCUCCAGAAAGGCACUGAAAGAGAAGGAGAGGGUCUCCACACAUUGAAACACAGGGCUUCAGUGGAAGUCAGGGUACCUGUGAGGCAUCCCUGGGCAGGCUCCCCCAGCUUGCCUGGGCUCCCCACACAGCCGCAGCUUUGGACGCUUUCCACCCCCAUGGGAUGAAGUGUGUUCUGCAGCUGAUUUAUG